AUGUCAGGAACAGCAGCAGAAAUCGCAACUCGCGAGCUAGUCAUGGAAUGGCAGAAACCGCAACUGAACUGGUAUAAAUGCAAUAUAGAUGCGGGGUUCCAUCACGAAGCUGGAAAAACUAGUGCAAGCUGGUGCGUAAGAGACUACAUGGGUCGGUUUGUAUCAGCUGGUAGUUCAUGGAUUAAUGGCAGAUGUUCGAUCAAUGAAGGUGAGGCCAUAGCAAUGCUGGAAGCCAUAAAGGAGCUACACCAAAGAGGUUAUACAAAUGUAACCUUUGAAACAGACUCGCUAAAUGUAGUGAACACAAUUUACAAUAUGCAUUCCGGUGUGUCGGAAUUUAGUUCCAUUGUUUGUAAGAUCAAAUGUAUGUUGUCAAAUCGUUGCGACUUUGAGGUGAAGUCUAUUAAGCGGCAAACGAACAUGGUUGUUCACACGCUUGCUAGAGCGGCCAUUUCUUGGCCUAGUCGCUGCAUCUUUGAGUUAAUACCUUCUUGUAUUGAAUAUUUACUCUAUAAUUUCCUUUUGUCAAAAAAAAGUUAG